AUGGAUGCUUUUGAUAACAUGUCUGUAUUAAAUCGUCCGGGCGCCAACGCAAGAAGAAGCUCCCAAUCUUCAAACGAAAUGUUUGCACCUCAGAUUCAAGAUCUUCAAAACAUACCAAGAUCUUUCAAUAGUAACAGUACCAACUUAAACUUGCCAAAAAAUUACAAUGCUGCUAAUCAACUCCCCUUUUCGUCUCAUCAACAGAAGAUCAUUAUGGAGCACCUCCUAAUAACGAAAAACAAUUCUCAACAGCAGAAGGACUACUCUCACGUGCCAUGCAAAUUUUUCAAGAUGGGCAAUUGUCAAGCUGGCUCAUCGUGUCCCUUUUCCCACUCUCCAGACAUCAUCAACUCUGCGAACAAUUUACCUUGUAAAUACUUUGCGAAGGGCAACUGUAAAUUCGGUAACAAGUGCGUUAAUGCUCAUAUUCUACCAAACGGGUUGAGAAUGAACAGCAAAGGGCCUAUCGAAAUUGCGCCUUCUUCGCACAAUAAUUACUUCUCUCACUCCAGAUCCGCUUCGUUCUCCACUUACAUGUCACCUCCAAUGUCUGCUAAUACAGACAUCGCAUAUUCUGCGUCCAGUACAAACUAUUUCGCUCCACAAUACCCGCUCUCCCCACCUCAAAAGAGCCCUGAGGCCCUACAUUCGGAUUUUUUUUCUCCUCCCUCUUCUUCUUCGUCAUACGUCAACUACAAUUACAGUAACGCUACCACCAACACUAGUUCCUACUCCCCUGUGUCGUCAUCAUCAUCCAAUAUCUGGCAAGAACAAGGCCAGACCGCAUUGUCAAACUCUAAUGGGAGUCAGAAUACCAGGUACUGCACAAGCCCUGCAAUCCAAGAAGAAUCAGACAAUGAAAUUGAAGAGAUGUUAAUUCACGACUUCAAUGCACGGUGCCGCCAAGAAUGA